UGCCGCUGGGCGGCGCACCGGGCGCACCGGGAGGCGGCGGCGGGGCGGCCCGGGCGCACCGGGCGGAGCGGGCGCAGCGGGAGGCGGCGGCGGGCAUGGACGAGCCCAGCAUCCUGCGGCGCCGGGGCCUCCAGAAGGAGCUGAGCCUGCCGCGCCGAGGAAGAGCUUGCCGAAGCAGCAACAGGAAGAGCUUGGUGGUGGGGACGCCCUCUCCGACCCUCUCGCGUCCUCUCUCGCCGCUCUCGGUGCCGACGGCCGGGAGCAGCCCCUUGGACAGCCCACGCAACUUCUCCACCAGCACCUCCGUCAACUUCCCCUUCGCUCGCAGCCAUGCUCCUCGGACUGACAGGGCUGAUGGCAGAAGGUGGUCGCUGGCUUCGCUGCCCUCGUCUGGCUAUGGGACUAACACCCCCAGCUCCACCGUCUCGUCGUCCUCGUCCUCCCAGGAGCGGCUGCACCAGCUGCCGUACCAGCCCACCCCCGACGAGCUGCAUUUCCUUUCCAAGCAUUUCCGCAGCACGGAGAGCGUCACGGACGAGGACGGGCGGCACUCACCCUGCUUACGCCCACGAUCCAGGAGCCUGAGCCCUGGACGGACGAGCGGAACGUUUGAUAACGAGGUGGUGAUGAUGAACCAUGUCUACAAGGAGCGGUUCCCCAAGGCCACGGCCCAGAUGGAGGAGCGCCUGCAGGACACCAUCAGGAAUUUCUCUCCAAGCAGCACCCUGCCGCUGGCGGACGGGGUGCUGGGCUUCAUCCACCACCAGAUCAUCGAGCUGGCCCGCGACUGCCUGGCCAAGUCCCAGGGGGCUCUCAUCACCUCCCGCUACUUCAUGGAGCUGCAGGAGAAGCUCGAGAAGAUGCUCAGAGACGCUCAGGAGCGUUCGGAGAGCGAGGAAGUGAAGUUCAUCGACCAGCUGGUGAGGAAGCUGCUGAUAAUCAUCUCGCGUCCUGCACGCCUCCUGGAGUGCCUGGAAUUUGACCCCGAGGAGUUCUAUCACCUCCUGGAAGCCGCAGAGGGACACGCCAAAGUCGGCCAGGGGAUAAAGACCGACAUUCCCCGGUACAUCAUCAGCCAGCUGGGGCUCGUCAAGGACCCACUGGAGGAAAUGGUGCAGCUGGACCACUUCGACAGCGGGAACACCAUCACGCCAGAGAACGACGACACCGGCGAGAGCCAGCCUUCGGUCACCGCUCCUCGGAGGAAACCCUGUGAGGGUGACUUUGAGACCAUCAAGCUGAUCAGCAACGGGGCCUACGGGGCCGUGUACCUGGUGAGGCACAGGGAGACGCGGCAGCGUUUCGCCUUGAAGAAGAUCAACAAGCAGAACCUCAUCCUGCGCAACCAGAUCCAGCAGGUCUUCGUGGAGAGGGACAUCCUCACCUUCGCCGAGAACCCCUUCGUGGUCAGCAUGUUCUGCUCCUUCGAGACGAAGCGACACCUCUGCAUGGUGAUGGAGUACGUGGAAGGGGGGGAUUGCGCCACGCUGCUGAAGAACAUGGGCCCCCUGCCCGUGGACAUGGCGAAGAUGUAUUUUGCUGAGACCGUCCUCGCGCUGGAGUACCUCCACAACUACGGCAUCGUGCACCGCGACCUCAAACCCGACAACCUGCUCAUCACCUCCAUGGGCCACAUCAAGCUGACGGACUUUGGCCUGUCCAAGAUUGGCUUGAUGAACAUGACCACCAACCUCUACGAGGGGCACAUGGAGAAGGACACUCGGGAGUUCAUGGACAAGCAGGUGUGCGGCACGCCCGAGUACAUCGCGCCAGAAGUCAUCCUCAUCCAGGGCUACGGGAAGCCCGUCGACUGGUGGGCCAUGGGCAUCAUCCUCUACGAGUUCCUGGUGGGCUGCGUCCCCUUCUUCGGGGACACCCCCGAGGAGCUUUUCGGGCAGGUGAUCAGCGAUGAAAUCAUGUGGCCGGAAGGGGACGAGGCUCUUCCUGCUGAUGCUCAGGACCUGAUCACUCGGCUGCUGAGGCAGUGCCCUCUCGAGCGCUUGGGCACCGGGGGUGCGCACGAGGUGAAGCACCAUGCCUUCUUCCUCCACCUGGACUGGAACGGGCUCCUGCGGCAGAAGGCAGAGUUCAUCCCCCAGCUGGAGUCCGAGGACGACACCAGCUACUUCGACACUCGCUCCGAGAGGUACCGCCACUUGGAUUCGGAGGACGAAGAAACCAACGAUGAGGAAUCAUCCGUGGAGAUCGGCCAGUUCUCCUCCUGCUCCCAUCGCUUUAGCAAGGUGUACAGCAGCUCCGAGUACCUGGCCACGCACUCCAACCUCAGCCUCUCGUCCUCCGAUCGGAGCCACAGCGAGGACAAGGAGGAGAGGGGGGAGCGCUGGGACCGGCACUCGGGAGACGAGGACAGGAGCCGGCUGUCGGGCGCAGAGCCCCGACUGCGGUCCUGGACGUCCUGCAGCUCCACGCCCUACACCUCCCAGCACGAGCGCAGCUGCAGCCCCGCUGCCCUGACCAGCACCUACAGCCUGGACACCAUGCCCAAGUUUGCCUUCUCCUCAGAAGACGAAAGCCCUUGCGUGGCACCGGCCAAGCCAGAGCGACCCAAAUUUGUGCUGGGAGACCCCGACGCCGGGACCAGCACGGCGGUGAAGACUUCGGCGUUAUCUGCUGAUCUUGUCAGCCUGAACCGCAUCCGCCUGCGGAGCAACAGCACCGGCACCAAAAAUUCGGCUCCCCGGGGCUUGGAGCCGGGCAGCAGCCGCCGGCUGAGCAGCCAGAAGGACGGGACGGAGAAACCAAGAACUUCUCCCGGCAGCCGAGUGCCCAAAUCUGCCUCCGUCUCGGCCCUGUCCCUCAUCAUCACGUCAGAUGACUUCAGCAGCGGUGCCCUCAUGAGCCCCAUCUCCCCCCACUCGCUCUCGUCCAACCCCUCUUCCCGCGACUCGUCCCCGAGCCGGGAUUCUUCCCUCGCCAUCACCAGCCUGCGGCCCCCCAUCAUCAUCCACAGCUCGGGCAAGAAGUACGGCUUCACGCUGCGAGCCAUCCGCGUCUACAUGGGGGACAGCGACGUCUACGCCGUGCACCACAUGGUCUGGAGCGUGGAAGAAGGGAGCCCUGCCCAGGAAGCGGGGCUGAGAGCUGGAGACCUCAUCACGCACGUCAACGGGGAGUCGGUGCUGGGCUUGGUGCACCGGGACGUCGUGGAGCUGCUGCUGAAGAGCGGCAAUAAAGUAGCCCUGCGGACCACUGCCCUGGAGAACACCUCCAUCAAAAUUGGCCCUGCCCGGAAAAACAGCUCCAAGACACGGAUGGCCCGAAGGAGCAAGAAGAGCAGGAAAAGGGACAGCCAGGACAGGAGGAAAUCCCUUUUCAAGAAGAUCUCCAAGCAGUCGACGGUCCUGCACACCAGCCGCAGCUUCUCCUCCGGCCUCCACCACUCGCUGUCCUCCAGCGAGAGCCUCCCGGAGUCCCCCACGCACAGCCUGUCCCCGGGACCCGCAACACCCUGCCGCAGCCCCGCUCCGGACCUGCCCCCAGAUGCUGUGUCCCCGCAGAGCACCUCUCCCUCCUCCAGCACCCCCACGUCACCCGCCGGCCACGUGCGCCCCAGCACCCUGCACGGGCUGGCUCCCAAGCUGAGCGGGCAGCGCUACAAGGUGGGACGCCGCAAAUCCACCAGCAGCAUCCCGCCCUCGCCCCUCGCCUGCACCCCCGCCUGCGCCCAGCGGCCGACGUCCCCGCAGAGGUCCCCGUCCCCGCUGCCCGCUCACCCCAAACCCUCCCACCCCUUCCAAGGCAAGACUCUGUCCCCCCCCACCAUCGUGCGGCAAGGGUCGCGGCCGCGCAGCGCCGAGUGCCCCCGCUCCCCCCUGCUCAAGCGCGUGCAGUCGGCGGAGAAGAUGGCAACCUACCUGGCCGAGAAGAAGACGGUGGGCGGCCGCAAGCUGGGGCUGGAGAUGCCUCUACGGGAUGGGGCCGGGGAAGUUUUUGGGGAGGGCGAAGCGCCCGUCCCGCUGUACCCCGGGGAGCACGGCUACGGAGCGGUUUCGCGGCCGGCGGAGCAGGAGAUGGUGGUGAUGAGGCGCCUGAACCUCUCCGAGCGCCGCGACUCCUUCAAGAAGCAAGAAGCCGUGCAAGAAGUGAGCUUCGACGAGCCGGGAGGUGAGGACGGGGCCAAGAACGACGCCGGGCAAGGCGCGGGCACGGGGCCCCCGGAGCCCAAACCCAGCCGGGUGCCGCAGAUCGCGGUGCAGGGCUCGGAGAGUGACGAGCAGGAGCCGGGGGUGGCCGGCUGGGAAUGCCAGGCCUCCUACCCCCUCCACCUCUUCAGCACCGACAGCACCGCUGGCAUCGCCUUGCCGCGGCGGGACGGCCACCGGCAUCACCGGACCUGUGGGGACGGGGCCCCCUCGGGGCUACCGGCACGGGGCAUCCCCUAAAACCUCCCCGAUCUGGGGCACGUCCCGUGCCGCUGCGCCGUGGGAUGAAAACGUUUUUAUCGCCAGACCGCGCCGCGAUCCGGAGCUUUGCCUUUUGUACCAACUGCGGAGACGCCCGGAUCUUUGUCGCGGGCGCUCUCGGCGCGGCGGUGGCGUUUCCCCGGCGGCAGGGCCCGAAACUUUGUGAAUAGGAAGGACUCGAUGGAAAUACUCGGAACUAAUUUAUUACUUUUAUAAGCUAAACAGAAGGCGUUGCAGGGUCCAAGCUUUUCCCGGCCUUUCCCGUGUGUUUCCCGGCCCCCAGCCCCAUGACACGACGUUUUCUAACCGAAAGAACCACCAGCUUUUCCCCCGUUUGUUCCCUUUCAGCUGGAAAAGCCCCCAAAAUGCAGUCACAAGGCAGGUUUUCCAAGGAGCAAUGAAGCUGAGGGCUCCCCUCUGCAGAUGUGCAUUCAGGGUCGCCUCCAUCUCCGUGAACCCCCCCGGCGCCUCCCUGCACCCGCAGGAAAAUCCCCCAAAUCCCCCAAAACCCGGGUGGGUGCCGUGCCAAGGGCCAUGGGGUUCAUUUUAUAAACACGUGGCGGAUGGAGAGGUUUUAAUUUUUUUUAUUAUAAUUCUUUUUGACAAAGUCCUGAACCGCUCUGCCAACCCGCUCCAUCGCCUUUCCCAAGAGGAACGGGGCCGGGGAGGAUGAACCUGGCCCGACCGUUGCUUGGGAUUCAGCAAUGUGAUGCAAAUAACGGGAUUUUUAGCCUUUUAUUAUUAUUAUUUUUCCCUAUUAUGCCGUGAUGCACCUUUGGGCAUUCACGGGGUAUGGUUGGUGCAUUUCAUGAGUAGCCAAUAUUUCCAUUUUUCAAAAAAACCACCACAGUAUUUCAAUUCUUCCCCAAAAACCAGCAACCCAAGCAAGCUCUGCUCUGUCUGUAAUUUCUAAAUUUCUUCUCCCGCAGCUCUCUUCCCGACGGACCAAGGGCAAGCCCAGCGCUUCCCCCCCAACGUUUCUAACGUUUUCUAUGCUCUAACCUUUGCUGCUGCAUGCACAGGGCCACGCCGCCGCGCUCCGGCUCCUCGGUGCCAUCUCCCACCCCGAAGCGUUGGCUCCGUAUUUCACUGGAUUAUUUCGUGUGCGUGCGGUUCGUGCGAGGCUCUUCCGACAAGGCUCGGCGUUUCCUCCCCUCUGUCUCCCUUUUUUCUUACGACGCAUCUUUUGCGGCGUGCCAAGGGUUGUGUUUUCUUUAUGGAAAAUGUCGUAAAAGCGGAUGGGACCUUGUCUUCCUGGGCUGUGCCGAGCACCGGUCUUGUUGUUACCUUCGGGAAGUUUUAUGUUGUAUUAAACUUGUUCCUUGGGA